AGGGAUCAAGGGCCAAGAAGAUGGAUCUCCUUCCAAGCUUCUCCACUGAGACAUGGUUCCUUCUCAUUGCCCUCUUGGGCCUUUUCACGCUAUAUGGAUUUUGGCCAUACGGCGUCUUCAAGAAACUGGGCAUUCCAGGUCCAUCACCAUUGCCUUUCUUUGGAAAUAUCUGGUCCUAUCGUAAGGGGUUUAUCAACUUUGAUUAUGAGUGCUUUCAUAAAUACGGGAGGACCUGGGGGAUUUACGAAGGCCGAAAGCCUAUGGUAGCUACGCUGGAUCCGGCUAUUAUAAAAGCCGUCCUCGUGAAAGAGUGUUACACCACUUUCACCAACCGCCGGGAUAUAGGUUUAGUUGGGAUCUUGAAGUCUGCCGUCUCAAUGGCAAAGGACGAACAAUGGAAGAGGAUUCGCACUGUUCUCUCUCCAACCUUCACCAGCGGGAAGCUCAAGGAGAUGUUUCCCAUCAUCAAACACUACGGGGAGGUUUUGAUGCAAAACGUUCAGAAGAAAGUGGAAAAGAAUGAAUUUGUGGUUAUGAAGGACGUCUUUGGGGCCUACAGCAUGGAUGUGGUGACCAGUACUUCGUUUGGUGUGAACAUUGACUCUAUGAACAACCCUGCAGAUCCUUUUGUCAAGGAGAUCAAGAAGAUGACCAAGUUUGCCGCUUUUGAUCCACGCUUCGUUUUGGUAGCCAUGUUCCCAUUCUUGAUUCCUCUUCUCAAAUUAAUGAACGUGAAUUUAUUCAACGCAGAAGCUUUAAAUUUCUUUUCAAGGUCCUUUGAAAAAAUGAAGGAAACGCGGCAGAAAGAAGGGCAAAAUGGCCGGGUGGAUUUCCUGCAGCUGAUGAUCGACUCCCAAAGUGACAAGACUGACCACCAGAGCAAUGGCUUGAACCACUCCUAUAAAGGCUUGACUGACAUUGAAAUCCUGGCCCAGUCCUUCAUCUUUGUCUUUGCUGGAUACGAACCCACCAGCAACUCCCUGGGUUAUGCGGCCUACCUUUUGGCCACUUACCCAGAUGUCCAGCAGAAGCUUCAAGAUGAGAUAGAUACCAUCCUGCCCAACAAGGCUCCUCUCACGUACGAUGCCAUCAUGCAACUGGAAUAUCUUGACAUGGUGCUGAGUGAAACGCAAAGGCUAUACCCCCUUGGAGGACGGCUCGAAAGGACCUGCAAGAAAGAUGUAGAAAUCAAUGGGGUGACUAUCCUGAAAGGCAUGAGCGUGAUCAUCCCACCCUACACGCUUCACCGGGACCCCGAAUACUGGCCGGAACCAGACGAAUUCAGACCUGAGAGGUUUAGCAAAGAGAACAAGGACAGAAUAGAUCCCUACACGUACCUGCCCUUUGGAGCUGGUCCCCGGAACUGCCUGGGAAUGCGGUUUGCUCUCGUCUCGAUGAAGGUGGCUAUUGCAAUCCUGGUGCAGCAUUUCUCCUUCAGGGUCUGCAAGGAAACUCCGAUUCCCCUUAAGAUGAGCAACCAAGCCUUCUUAGUGCCGGAGAAACCAAUAGUUCUGAAGAUGGUGCCACGAGGUGGUCCGCCAAAAGAGGAGUGAAGCCUGGUUAUGUCUCGGUAGCGAGUGCAAAAGCUUCGGGUGUUGCUCUGGGAAGUUCUGAUAGUUCCAGAGGAUCAAACCGAUUUGCAAACUGAAACAGAGCUCCCUUUACAGCUUCACACUUCUCUGAAUUUGGCACUGCAGUUUUCCAGCCACGGAACACCCACAAAAAUGGGUGUCGUUUGUGCAUCGCCAGUGGAAGAUUCAUGCAAAAAUGCGUAUCUCAGUGAAAGUAACAUUAAACGAUGUGCUCUUUU